AUGUACCCUAUCAACCCUAUAAUUCUCGCGACUUCUCUAAAUUAUAUACAAGUCAAGCACACGGCACUCUGUCCCGCCUAUCACCUCUCUACCCAAAGAAGCUGGGCCUCUCCCACCCUCUAUGUAUCUGAGGUGCAUCCAUCUCAUUCGGUAUACGAACUUGCUGUCGAUGUCGACCCCAAGGAUGAAAUGCAGGUUCAGGCUGUUGCGGAUCGGGGUGGUGUCGGAGAGAGUGAUCUUGUUCCUCUUGUUCGGAUCCGUAACCUUGUUGGUUCUCUUCAAGAUCGGCAUCGUGAUGAGCCACUGCUCGAUGUCGCCUGUGAGAGUGGCGGUGGUGAUGAGUGUGGGAGUGAGCGUGGUGUUGUUUCUUAUGCUGCUUCUGGUCCUUUUGAGACUUUGCUUGUUUAA